AUGGUUAUCAGUGAUGAUGAACAAGAUAUACAGGAAUACGAUGAUGAUGAAUCUCGCUUGUAUAUUGAUGAGAAUGUAUUUGAUUCUAUGACUAAUUCUUCGCAACAAUCAACAAAAUCGACAAAUACAGGCAAUGCUUUUGAACUUGAUUUAGCCUUAAUAGCUAAUAUUAAUCGUCAUCAAACACGAUCUUCUCAGACUAUUCUUACAUCAAAUACAAGUCUUCUAAUUAAACAAAAUAGAUCAACAGUUUGUCAAGCAGAAUAUUUUGCGACAAUAACACAAGAAACAAAUACUGAUCAUACGAAUGAUGAAGACGAAGAUCGUAUUUUAGUUAUUAAGAAACAAAGGACAGACAACAUUAAUUUGUUAUUGUCUUUAUCAAGUUAA